AUGCAUAUGUUGAAUGGCGCGCUUCUUGCAUUGUUAUUUCCAGUGCUGAAUACACGAAUGCUCCCAUUUGAAGUGGAGGUGUAUUACAUUCAACACAUCCUGCUCUACGUAGUGCCCAUCUAUCUAAUGCGAAAAGGAGGGGCGUAUACACCAGAGCCACUCUGUAACUUCUGGUGGGCAAUUCUGGCAACCGGUCUCAUGUUUUUCUACCACUUCAGCCUUCUCCAGAUACUAGGCUUGAUGACAGAAGUAAAUCUAAACAACAUGUUGUGCCCAGCUGUGUCUGACCCCUUCUAUGGACCAUGGUAUCGUAUAUGGGCAUCAGGACACCAAACCAUCAUGACCAUGAUCCAUGGGAAGUUGAUUGUUGCUUUGUUCUCCUCUGGCUCUCCACGCUUUAAGUUCUUGGUGGAGCGGUUUCCUUUUUCAGGCAAGAAAGUGGAUUGA